CUGUUGAUUUGGGAGAAACCUGCUUGCUUGAGAAUGGACUCGGUUGUGGGGAUGGCAUCUGAUACGCUUCUUCAUUUGGAGGAUGAGCAGAGGAGUAGACUGAACUGUGUCGCUCACAGCAGUUUGGCAAGUGCUCAGAAUGCAGAACUGCUCCCGUACCAGCAGACCGCUGAAGACAGCUCCUCCAUCAAGUACAGAAGAUAUGGGUCUCGCUUGGGUGGGGUCAAAGUUCGCCACAAGAGACAAGUGCUGCAGGACAUGGCCCGACCUCUCAAACAUUGGCUGUACAAACACCGGGACAACCCGUAUCCCACCAAGACUGAGAAGGUUCUAUUGGCUCUGGGCUCUCAUAUGACUCUGGUACAGGUGUCAAACUGGUUUGCGAACGCCCGACGAAGACUGAAGAAUACGGUGAGGCAGCCAGACUUGAGCUGGGCCUUAAGGAUCAAACUAUACAAUAAAUACAUCCAGGGAAACGCUGAGAGACUGAGUGUAUGCAGCGAUGACACCAACUCAGAUGAUGACGAGUGUCGCUUACAAACGGCCAUCUGCUCGUCAGACACGUGUGGGAUGAAGAACCAGGCCGGCGUUCUAACAGUGGCCGACCCGGCCAACGGCGACGACGGAGCCUCGCCUCCGUCAAAGUACAAGAGCAGCUUGCUGAAUCGUUACUUGAACGACACCUUGCGGCACAUGAUGGCGGCGGGCAAGGCGGAAGGCGUCGCCCUGAAGAGGAGGAGCCUCUCUGAGUCGUUCAGCUCAAACGAGUGCGACCGAGACGCAGUGUCCCCGGCGUCCUCCUAUGACGCGGAGACCAACUUCAUCUACCAAAUGGAGACUUUGGACUAUACAUCAUCGAAAUGUGACAGUGGUCAGUCUCACGAAAGAGGUCGGCAGAGUGAAAACAAGCAAGACUGGCGAGAGAUCAACGCCGCCGUGGCCCUGACCAGCCUGGCCCACGGGCAGAGCUGCAGGAGCAACAGAACGCCGCUCGGCACUGCCGCGGGGCUGAGCAGCCGCAGAGAGCCCCUGUCCAUCACCGGGACCAACAUCCCCCGCAGGAUGCCCGUCACGGUGCCCGCCUCGGCCCUGAGGCAGAGCCGCGGCGCCGAGCGGUCCGCUCUCACCAGCCGCAUCAUCCGGAGGUCGUCCCACAUCUCCGAGGUGCAGACGAUCAAAGUGGGCCUGGCUAACAGCGUGUAGGAAUUCAACGUCACCGUGUGAGA